GACACAAAAUUCGUAAAAUGUAAUGAUUUCGUCGCGGUGUGCAAUUGUACGUGUCUAUUAUCUCGGUUAUUUUACAUAUCGUUGAUAAAACAACGGAUCGUCGGUAAGGGGGGAUAUCGGAUGAAUUCAACAGGUGUACGGGGGCCCUAUACGCUCACCCUCCGCUGACAGUUGUACACCGUGCGCCAGUCGUACAGGAUGCUAUUAUAAAUCUGAUGUCAAGGAAACGCAUUCGGUUUUAUUUGUUGAAUUAUAUUUGUUAGUGUGGUGGCAAGUGUUGCUAGAAUUUUUUAGUGACAUUCAGAAAUUUUUGCUAAAAUGGAAGUACAAAUUUCGGCAAAGGAUUUGCCUAAAACCUUCAGGGUAAAAUAUUUAGGAACACAUCCCGCCGUAGGUCUAUAUGGUAUGAAACACACUAGAAAACCAGUUGAUUACUUGGUGAAGCAGGCCAAACAGAUACAGGAACAAAAUAAAAUACUACCCAUUUACGAGAUUGAAAUAAACAUCAACGGUAUAAAAUAUAAGGACAUCACCAACAAAAAAUUAAAAAACCCUACGACAGAAAUUAACGUAGACGUUAUCUCGUAUGGUGUUCAGGAUUUAAUUUACACAAGAGUGUUUACAAUCAUAGUGGUGACCAGUGAAACGGAGGCGAUAAAUCCCCAGAUGGAAUCGCCAUUUAUGUGUCACAGUUUUUUGUGCAGCUCCAGAGCAGAGGCAAGGCAAAUCACGUUUGCUUUGGCUGCAGCUUUCCAAGACUAUGGUAUGAGAGUAAAGAAGGAAAAUCUUCCCUCGAAAAAGUUCGCAAUUGACCUUCGAACACCUGAAGAGCAACAAGCCGACGCAGAAUCAGAGACUGAAGCUUAAAAUUAUAAUUUUUGAUGACUUUGAUGAAAAUAAAGCGGUUUUCACUUGAUGGAUGUAUGAAACGUGCAAAGAUAAAUAUAAUUUUUCUUUUUUCAUAUUAUUUUCCAUUAUACAUCCACCAAUUGAGGUCUACCACAGCAAAUAUCAAAGGAUAUUGCGAUACUAAAAAAGCGAUCUUUUUACAAUUUAAUCGACAAAGUUUCAGUCAGGAGCAAGUAUAAUUUGCUUAUGACACAAACUAAAAUUUGUAUAUAGAAAAUUUAAUUUAACUUUGACUAUAAAAGAUAUAUUUAUUCAAAAAUGUCAUACAAAUUUCUCUUUUAGUACCGCACCUAAUUUGCAAAUUACCUGCAAUCAAAAUAUUCGACGAAUUUUUUUGUAUAAAAUAUAUAUUUAUAUUGUACAUGAUAAUUUUUUUUAAAACAAAGAAAAACUGCGUACGUACGUCCAAACAUUUUUUCUUCAAAGAAUGUACUAAGCAAAAUAUAUUUUUGUGUAAACGUAAAAAUAUUCUUGAAAUAAUGUAAUAAUAACAGCUCAAAUUUCAUAUAUUUUAGACACUAAGCAAAUACUAUAUUAAAUGAUUUUUAAUGGCUGUUACCAAUUUAUUGACUAAUUUUUACUUAGCCAAUAAAUUGUGGAAUUCUGUUCUAUUUAGUACUAUUUUUCACUAAUUUUCUAGUGAAUUUGCAACUCUGUUUAACAUUGGUGUAUUUUUUUAGAUUAUUAAUCGAAUUAUAUUCGGCGAAUUUAUUAUAUUUGUUCUGUAAAAUGUUUUUAUAUCAAAAAUGUUUAAACUUGAUUAUCGAAAAAGCAUAAAAAAUGGCAAAUUAAGGACAAUUGUGAUUAAAGCCAAAAAUGUCGAAGAAGUUUGUCUACACUCAAGUUAUUUACAAUAGAUUGGUGAAAAAUUGGUAUGAGUAACAGCUUUAAAUUGUAUGUACAUAUUAUAGGUUCGUUUUUCGAGCACUAAUAAAGUUGAUAAAUGUUGGAAAAUUUAUAAAUACCAUUUGGCAUAUGUAUGUCUCAAUUUAUUAUUAAUUAUUUGUACAAUUUAUUUUUAUACAAGUUUAAUUAAAACUGAAUUGAAAAUUGAAAUAAAA